GGGACAAAAUACAUAUUUUUGUAACUCCUCCAGCUAGUGUAGGAGUAGUCUUUUGGGAGGAUUUUAAAGGCAAAUCCUUCCCACGUACUGUAGGUUGUAAUGGGCCCUCAACGCCCAAUGUUUACCAUCUUGAGCCUGGUUAGGCUGUUUUUUCUUGUAAAGAACUCUCUUUAUAUUAAUGCAAUCCUCCCUAUUCACCAAAAAAAAAUAAAAUCUUAUAGAAUAAUUGAGAGUUUGAGGAGAUAGUGAGAAAUGUAAAGUAUGAAGCUAAAUUCAAGUCGAAGACUUUAUAAACUGAAUAAUAUAAAUAUAGUUUCUUAAUUCACUGUUGGUUAUCAAUUAAGCCAUUAAGAAAAACCUCAAACCAUUAAAAAUUGAUAAACUUAUAUAGAAAAAAAGUCGAAACCGCCAUCGAAACCACUAAAUAAUAACCCAUUAUGAUAAGUAAAUAACUUUUUUGGGUUCAAUUUGUUAGUCUGGUAAUGGUUUGAUGUUGAACAACACUUCAGCUUUGAGUUUCCCCUUUCUGAACAUUUCAAAACAUCACUUCUUCAAGUUUUCCCUCUUAAACCGAUGCGCAUUUCUAUCUCAACACAAAACCUAGAACUACUAUCUGUUUGUCAAAAUGCCGCAGAGAAAGUCGACAGACCAAGAAAAUCCAACACCCACUCUCAGAAGAUCUCCGCGGUUUACUGCCGCUGCUGCUACUGAGAUUUCUGCUAUCAAAGUCCACAAGAAACAUAUUGAAGUUUCAAAGAACCCCAAAAAAUCGAGUACGGGGGUGCGAAGAUCUGGAAGAUUGAGUAUUGGAACUCCGCAGAACAAUGGCGAGAAGAAAAGGGUGACUCGGGGUUCUACACAUGGUGAAAAUUCAGUUGAGAAGAGAAAAGGGGUUAUUACUAGAAGUGGAAAAGCUGCUUGUGUUGAGAGACCUGUGGUAUCAUCUGAAGUAGCGGGAUGUGGAGAGGACGAUGAUAAUGGGUCGGGGAAGAAACAGGCAGGAUUGAAGAGGAAGAGAACUCAAGGGGUGGAGGAGAAUGGUGUAGCUAAUGGGUGGACUAACGAACAAGAGACGGCGUUGCAGACUGCUUAUUUCGCGGCAAAGGCAACACCGAACUUCUGGAAGAAAGUUGCUAGGAUGGUGCCUGGAAAAUCAGCAAAGGAUUGUUUUGACAAGAUACAUUCGGAUUUUAUGACUCCUCCUCAGCCUCAACCACGGUCAAGGAUUAAAAAGAUGAAUACAACAUCACUCUCUCCAUGUGCAACUAAGUUGCUUCAGUCCACCAAGAAAAACACAAACAAGCGGAGAUAUAGCAAGCCGAAGAGCCAUCUCUCACGCAAGGCUGUGAGAGAACUACUGCAAAAGCAAACUGAUAUAGAUCGAGAUAAGGAAGCAGAUUUCUUCAGUGCUCUUGAAUCAUCAGCAGAUCCAACUGCUAAGGCAUUAUGCCCAAACACAAUUUUUUUAACCCCGGAGUGCAACAAAGAAGGUUUGAAUUAUCUUAGAAAGUGCCUGGAGAGAUCGUCUUCCACCCAUAAAAAGCACCGUUCCAGAUUAAGUGGUUCAUCAGUAGCAACCCUUACCAGUCCACCAGUUCUAAAGCCAAUUAAGAAUAAGGCCUUACAUGAGAGGUAUGUUGAUCAGCUACAUUGCAGGGAAGCAAAGAGAAAGGCAGCCGCUUCAAGGACAGCAAAGGUCCAGCAAAAUAAGAAUGAUCACCAGAAUGAGAAUGUCAUAAAAGUGGAUGUGAUUAAAGCUGCGAAAAAUGCUCUAAUAUCUGAAGCCAGAGAUGCAAUCAACCAAUUUCAAAAUUUACAGAACAGUUUCAAUGAUGAUGAUGAUGAUGAUUAUGAUGAAAACCUUAAUGGUGAUGAUGACGAGGAUGCUAGAUAAAAUGCGGAGGACCUCGACUUUUUUCCCCAUGAUGCUGAGUCACAUUUGUGUUAACCCGAUUUUCAGUAAGCUGGACCAAACUGUAUCAGAGAGCUCUGUACCAAAUAUUUCCCCACUUGGGAGUUAUGAUUCUGUCAGUCUCAGGAACAUCAUUCUGUAAUGAGGCUUGUUCUGUAUCUGUAAAUCUGAUAAAUCUUAGUCUCUCGUGACUUUGAGCAGUUCUUUAGUUUAGGCAUGUGAAGUGUAUAUUUCAAGUGACGAAGCUACCUGAUAAAGUAGAAAAAGUGGCCGAAAGUGAAGUUUCUGCUGGGAGAAUAGCUUGUUACUUUGAUAACGAGAAGUAAUAUUCAUAUUGCUUAA